AUGGGAGAAGUACCUGAAAAGACGGACAAGGAUUCUAAAUCACUUCCACAAUGCAAUAGACGGAGACAAGAAAUCAUCAAUCUAAAAAUAUUAGUACCAUCAGUAGCAGUUGGUGCAAUUAUUGGCAAAGGAGGAGAGUCCAUCGCUAAGAUUCAGAAAGAAACGGGCGCAAGGAUUAAAUUAUCAAAAGUAAAUGAUUUGUACCCUGGCACUGAAGAACGAGUUUGUCUGAUUCAAGGGACCUUAGAGGGUGUAACCCGCAUGCACAAUUAUAUUAUGGAUCGUGUUCUGGAAAAGCCAGAAUGUUUUGGGACUGGCGCAUCAGGUGUCACCACUAAUACCAUUACAACUUCACAUUCUGAAAAUGUUGCUAUCAGUUCCGCUACUCAGGGUGACUCAAUUCGCAAUAUAUCACACUUGCAGAAAGGAUCUGCUUGGACUCAUAGCUUAGAACUCUCAGGCAGUCGUUUACCAUGGGGUCGACAUAAACAGGUCAAGAUCUUGGUCCCAAAUUGCACUGCAGGUCUUGUUAUUGGGAAAUUGGGUAGUUAUGUCCGAGAGAUUAAAGACAGGACUGGGGCUUUUAUUCAGAUUUCACAGAAGUCUGUUGAAAUCAAUUUAUUGGAGCGCUGUAUAACUAUUGCAGGUGAACCAGAGCAGUGUCGUGCAGCUGUAGAUCUAGUUUUAGCCAAGAUAGCGGAGGACCCCCAAUCAGCCAUCUAUCCUACUAUCUCUUACUCACAUGUACGUGGUCCCGUAGCGAGCGCUUAUCCAACGGGGUCUCCUUUUGCAAUUAUGCCAUCUGUUCGUUUUGAACCGAGUCAGGGUUCGCAUUUACGUUUACCUCAUGGCCGAGGCGCUUCUUGUAGUAACAUUGAAGGAUGGGAUGACAAUAUACCGAGUGGUGUUGGUUUUUCAGCCGUUACUAACCCUUUUGGAUCCUCUCUUUUUCAAGCUGCACUACUCCAAGUUCAAGCUGCUGCUUUGGCGGCCAAUUUAAAUGCCACCAGUUAUUAUCCAACCUUGCCUUCCGUCGAUAUAACUCCAGGUGAUAUGUCUACGUUGUUUGCUCACGGACUAUCUACUAAUAUUGGGUAUGUGCCACCUGAAGAUGUUAAUGUUUUACCGCCAGCCUUACCAGACUAUGGGCAAGGAUUCUGUUCGGCUACACCUGCUGGUAACGUUUCUUUAAUAAGUGGUGGAAGCGGUUCUAAUACCAGCGGAGGGAGUGGAGGACAUGCAAGCACUAUAUUGCAAGAAAGUAUUUGGCCCAUUGGUGAAUCCCAAAUCCAGACACCCACAUGUUUUGACGCAGCUUAUCCGGGACCCUUAAAUUUCGCUAUUUAUCCAACGAAUCAAUCACUUCUAACUGCAAUGGCUUCUAGACACCCCAGUGAAUCAUAUCCAUCUCAUCCAGAUAUAUUCGCACCAUCUAGUCCAUAUAUGACUGAUAUAUCUCAACCAUCAUUCACAAUUCCGUACAGUACUUCUCCAUCAUUAGUCGGUGGUAAUGGAGGAAAUCCUGUUGGUGUUCCUCAGAUAAAUCCAGGAAGUCCUCACCUUGCUACACUUUACCCUGGCAUUUCUCCUUCGUUGUGUUUAUCACAACCUUUUCCAAUUAGUGUUAGUCCGGAAAUGGAUGUUAAAGUUCCACCGAUCAGACACCAGCCAUCGAAUUUGAAUGAAUUAUUGGGAUCAUUGCGUUUGGGUUGCAAAACUGAAGAUAUGGUAUCUGAAAUAAACCAAACAUUCUCAACUCUUACACAUCAUGGAUUUCUGAAUAUGGCUGGGUCAGGACCAUUUCCCUUAAUAUCACCUACGGGUUCUCAACCAGCUCGUUAUAUAGCUCCGCUCCUUGCUACGCAUUUACCGUCAUCAACUGCAGAAACUAGAUCAAGUGCAAUUUUACCAGAAAGUGACGACUGUCUGACAUCUACCACUCUUACUGAAGUUACUAAAAAGCAGUCUGUCUGCGGUUCCAAAGACAUUGUCUAUUGUAGUAGUUGUUCUGCUGGUGGUGGUAGCUCACCUAGCAUCCAUACAACUGCUUCAAACUCUUCAUUCGAGUUAUGUGCUUGUUCAAAUAAAUUAAAUUUCAGUGAUUCAUCCACACUCUGCCAGCAAACAGAAGCUGCAGUAGCUGAGGCUCCUUCAACAAAAAGUGAUGUUCUAGAAGGAAGCAGAAUAUCUACCAGUGAUGAGCAGAGUUCAUCACUGUCACAUCAGGUUAAAACGGAUGGUUAG